UUAACUGAUGAUAUUACAGCAAAAGAAAAAAUUAAAACUCAGUGUAUCAGCAGGUAGCGAGUAGUCUGCGAAAAUUAAUAGCAGAAGAAUUUGUUUUAUUCUGAACGGUGAACCAUAACAUUAUUAGCCAGUCAGACUCUUCAAUAUUGACGCACUCAGCAGUUUUGUCAUUUGUAAGAUCGCUCGAUUGUCUUUUAACCUAGUAUAAAGAACAUAGUAAAGAACAGUUCACACUGUGUUUAUCAACAACUGUCAAAAUCUCAAGAAAAAUGGAUUCUAAACUGCCACCGAGUGAAAUUUCUAACGAGUCAAUUAUUGACGAAAUAACCCAAAAUUUGGACAAAUCGUGUCUUGCAGAGGAUAGUGUAUUACAAGGCAAAGAAAAUUGUAAUCCUGAUAUACCAGAAUUCUCAGAUGGUGAAAAUGUUAAGGAUGACCUUAAAAAUUUGAAUAAUCCUUGGUUUAUUGAUGAGGAACAGCUGAAAGAACGCGAUUCAAAGCUAAGUGAUGACGAAAUCAAUGAUUUGAAAGAGGAAUCAGAACAAAUUAAAUCCAAAGGUAAUUCCUUAUUUCAAACUGGUAAACUUGAAGAAGCAGCUCAAACGUACACUGAAGGAUUAAGAUUGUGUCCAUUAAAGUAUACCAAAGUAAGAGCUAUUCUCUACGCUAAUAGAGCAGCAGCUUUAGGUUCAAAAAAGGAAACUAAAACUAUUGCAAUUGAUGAUUGCUCAGAAGCAAUAAAAUUAGAUGAAAAUUAUGUUAAAGCAUAUUCAAGAAGAGCUAGGUAUUACGAAGAAUCUGAUAAACUUGAUGAUGCUCUAUCAGAUUUCAAGAAAAUAUUGACCAUUGAUCCUGAGCAUACUGAAUCACUUUCUGCUGUAAAGAGGCUUGAACCAAUAGUAACGGAAAAAUUGAAAACUGAAAUGUUAGAUAAACUGAAAUCUCUUGGUGAUCUGUGUUUAAAGCCGUUUGGACUUUCCACUAAUAAUUUUAAUUUGCAAAAAGAUGAAUCAACUGGUGGUUACACGGUUAAGUUUAAUCAAUAAUGAUUUGAUAUAGUGAAGUGCAUUUUUUUUUAAUCACUGUCCGGUCAAAAGCAUUCGAAUAAGGUGAUUUUUGUGCUUCAUUCAAUUUCUUUUGUGUACAAAUACUAAUGUAUUAAAAGUUUUAUUGAAUAGUAUUUAAGUUAGAAUAAAAUCAAAGUAUGAAUGCUAACAGAAUGAAUGUCCUGUAAAGUUUUUGAUUUUGUUGCUGAAGUGAAAAAUAUUUCUAUAAAAAAUUGUUUCAAAUAUUUUAUAUAAAAACACUUAUUUACCAGAUGGUUUGAAAUUGUUAAAACUACCAAGUGCUGGAAAACUAUACUGGUGCAAC